AUUAAACAUGAGAAGAGCGAUGGCAAGUUCAUCUGGUGUAGGAAGUGCUUUGCGAGAUGUCUUAGACAGGAUGACAGCAGCAGCACAGAGAAGACCUUCGGAUCUUCCAGAUUUACAUCCUAGACUUGUUGCUGUCAGUAAAACAAAGCCACCAGAUAUGGUGCUAGAAGCCUAUAACUGUGGCCAGAAACAUUUUGGAGAAAAUUAUGUUCAAGAAUUGGAACAAAAAAGCAGAGAUACGGUUUUAGAAAAAUGUCAAGACAUCAAGUGGCAUUUCAUAGGACCACUACAGAGCAAAAAAAUUCCUAAAGUUAUAGGUGUCCCAAAUUUAUUCGUAAUAGAAACGAUUGAUACAGAGAAAUUAGCUACUAAACUGAACACUGCAUGGGGAAAAUUAGAAAAGUCAGACAAACUGAAAAUCUUUGUGCAAGUAAAUACAAGUAAAGAAGAGAAUAAAUCUGGAUGCUCUCCUGACCAGUGUGGUGCUUUAGUUUCCCACAUCAUAUCCAGUUGUCCUAACCUGAAGUUUGGGGGAUUGAUGACAAUAGGUGCAUUAGGAUAUGACCUGAGUAAAGGGCCAAAUCCAGAUUUUCAGGAACUAAUAAGAUGCAGAAAGGAGAUAUGUGAGAGCCUUGGUUUGAGAUUGGAGGAAAUAGAACUGAGCAUGGGCAUGUCUAACGAUUUUGAACAUGCAAUUGAAGUUGGAAGUACAAAUGUGCGAGUGGGAAGCACCAUAUUUGGUGCACGCACUUAUCCAACAAAGAAAAGUGUAGACUGUGCAGAGACAAAGGAUGAAUCUCAAAGUACUACUGACCCACUUGAUAAAACUCAGAAUGACAUGGAAAAACUUACUGUCACUUUAAAGUGAAGGGGCAUGUGUUGAAAGUUCGCAUAAGACGAUUCAUUUCAAUAUUAUUUAUAGAUUUUUAUCACAGAAUUAUUUAUACAGAAUACACUAAGAAUAUUAUAAUAUCUCCCUCUAUGGCAUUCCCUACCCAGGUUACAUAUUCUGCAGACUUUAUUUUGGUGACAGAGAUUUUGCAUUUGUGAUGUACUGAAAAAAUAUUCUUUGCCCUGCAAUAUAUGCUAUUGUUUGUACUUAAAAAUAGUUAUAUGACGAGUAUAAAUGUCACAACAACACCACCUUUCAAGCAUUCCUUUAUUUUUAUUACAGUAAUAUACAGACCUAAAUACAAGCAGUGAUAUAUUGUCCACUGUUAAAGCUUGCUGUCAAGGCAUACAAAACAGUAAUAUUUACACUACACAGACAUUUGACAAUGUAUCAGAUGUUUAUAACUAUUUCUGGCACCAAGAAUUAUAUACACUGGGUUGAAUUAUGGCCAUAAUUAUUUUCCAUUGUUGUACCCGUUGUAUUCAUACUUUAAAAAGUAAUUGCAGUUAUGAGAAAACUGCAAUAGAAUACUUGUCCUGAUGGCAUUAUUAGAGAAUGUGUAAGAUUAUAUAACUAGGCUUUUAAAUGCUAGAUGAAUUGCAUUUUAAUACAUAGGCUUACCCUUUGGCUCCAUUGUGUUUUCAUCUUACCAAGUACAAUUGGAAAUGUUUUCUAAAAAGUCCAAUUUUUUACAACAUCCUUAAAAUAAAUUUCUGUAUAUACACUGAUAAAAUUCUUCUUUUGAUUCACACUGAAAAAUGACUCCAUGACUUUUAUGUGUCUGAGAUUUGCAUACAAUUACAAUGUAAGCAAACACUACCAUUUGUUCGUAAACUGCCGAUGACAUAUAUAACUUAUGACAAUUUAUAAUUCAAAUAACUUCCUAGGCCGAUAAAUUAUGAAAAACUAAACGGACAAAACUCAAAUAAUUGCAGGACAAGGACUUAAAAGGCAAUUUUCAGAGAAUGUAAUAUGACAAAACAUUUUAAAAGAGUUGUAUUUUAGUAAAACAUAUUUCUAAAGUACAUUUACGUGAAAUAAACAUUUUCACAAUUA